ACUUUCUUGGAAGAUAGCUAUCUUAGUUAGACCAAUUCACUGUCAUCGACGAAGACUUUACUGUAAGAUAUCUCAUAUAAUAUAUACUAAUACUCUGUUCUGUAUCGAUCCAUAUCUAACAACAAUGGAGUACGUUCUUAGCUCAUAUAAUUUUAUGGUUCUGGUCAAGCUAAUCACUCUUACCUUCUUCUUCCUACUCGAAAAAAGCUCUUCACUUUACUUCAACUUCUCCAGUUUCCCUCAAAAUGAUGACAUCGACAUUAGAUUUGAAGAGGACGCCUUCAGAGCCGGCGGGGCUCUACAGCUCACAAAAAAUCAAGCCGAUGGUAUGCUUAAUUCUAGUUAUGGUCGAGCAUCGUACAAAAAGGAGGUCCAGCUUUGGGAUCCCAAAACAAAAGUAGUUACAAACUUCUCUACUCAUUUCAAAUUUAUCAUUGAUGGACUCAACACAUCUAAUAAUGGUGAUGGCUUAGCGUUCUUCAUUGCGCCGUUCGAGUCAAACAUCCCAGUCAGUUCAUCUGGCGGAUACCUUGGACUGAUAAGCCCCGAAUCUUGGAAUGAUUCGAGCAGUACUAAUCCUUUUGUCGCAGUGGAGUUCGAUACUUUUGAGAAUUUUUGGGAUCCUGACCCCCGUACCCCUAAAAGUCAUGUUGGGAUCAAUGUUAAUUCCAUUAUCUCAACAACAAAUGUCACAACGAAAACUAGCAUGAGUAAUGGAUCUAGAGUGGCAAAUGCUCAGGUAAAUUACAACUCUGCUUCACAAAAUCUAAGUGUGUUUCUAAGUUAUGAUGGUGAUGAUACUGGUGAAACCAUUAGUCUUUCGAGUGUUGUAGAUUUGACACCCUUGGGAGAAGUGGUGAGAGUUGGUUUCUCUGCAGCUACCGGCUCGUCGGUUCAAAUACAUAAAGUUUUGUCUUGGUCAUUCAACUCAACCUGGGAUAUUAGCACUAACGCAGUCGCAGAAGCUCCUGGCCCGAGCCCCGAAACUCUUAAACCAACCUCGGAAACUACUAAGGGCCAAAAUGUAUGGAGGAUUGGUUUGGGUUUGGGUGUGGGUUUGGGGAUUCUAUGUUGUGGAGUAGGUUUGGUAUGGUUCAUGUUGUGGAGAAAGAGAGUUGGCAGGGAAGCAGAAGAUGAGGACGAAAAUUAUGAUGUUUCCAUCGAUGGAGAAUUCGAGAGAGGGGCUGGGCCCAAGAGGUUUACUUACCGCGAACUAAGCCAGGCAACAAACAACUUUUCCCAAUAUGGGAAGCUUGGAGAGGGAGGCUUUGGAGGUGUCUACAAGGGCGUCUUGAGCGAAUCAAACACUGAAAUCGCGGUUAAGAAGGUGUCUGAAGGAUCAACACAGGGGAAGAAAGAGUACAUUUCUGAGGUCAAAAUUAUAAGUCGUUUAAGACAUAGAAAUUUAGUUCAACUUAUUGGUUGGUGCCACAGAGGAGAUGAGUUCCUUCUUGUCUACGAAUAUUUACCAAACGGAAGCCUUGACAAACACAUAUUCGGUGGGGAGAGCAUUCUACCAUGGGAAACAAGGCAUAAAAUAGCCCUUGGUUUGGCCUCAUCUCUUUUGUACCUUCACGAAGAAUGGGAACAAUGUGUGGUGCAUAGAGAUAUUAAGUCAAGUAAUAUCAUGUUGGAUUUACACUUCAAUGCCAAACUAGGAGACUUUGGGCUGGCAAGGCUUGUCGACCAUGAAAGGGGCCUAGACACAACUGUGUUAGCUGGAACAAGAGGUUACCUGGCCCCGGAGUGUGUCACUACGGGCAAGGCUAGCAAGGAAUCUGAUGUUUAUAGCUUUGGCGUGGUUGCACUAGAAAUCUGCUGUGGCAGGAAGUCAAUUGUGCCAAACCCAGAAGAUCCAAAGAAAGUGAGGCUGGUGGAGUGGGUGUGGGAACUCUAUGGAAGAGGCCAACUUUUAGAGGCGGUUGACAAGGGACUUGUUAGUGUGGAAUACAACGUUCGGGAGAUGGAGUGUGUGAUGAUUGUUGGGCUGUGGUGCUGCCAUCCUGAUCCAACAUGUCGGCCAUCGAUAAAGCAAGUGAUGAGUGCUCUUAACUUUGAAGCUGCAUUGCCUAAUCUGCCGCCCACGUUGCCAGUGCCAAUGUAUUAUAUGCCUGCCUUCAGUAUUAGCUCUCUUGAUUCCUAUUCUUCAUCUUCCGUUGUUACAGGCAGCUCCACCACUGCUUCAACAACUUCAGCUAACUCUUCUACUUCUAAACCUCUGUUAAAAUUUUCUGUUGGUGAUUAAUUCUUUCGUAUAUUGAUCGUGAUGGGGUUUUUCCAUUUGAGUCCUAUUUUUAUGUUUUACUUUUCUCAGUUUUUUCUUAGAAUUGUUUGUGCCUUUGUUUUUCCAUUUAUUGGAAGCUUCGUUUCCAUUCUCUCUAACUUAUGAGAAUUUAUGUAACUAUAUUUCUUAUAUUGUUUUAAACAAUUGUUUCACGAGUAUA